UCUAUGAUUGUUGUGCAGUGAGCGUGCUAAAAGCUUGAACACAUGUUUUAAUUUGUAAAGUUAUUAUAAUUUCUACCAAGUAUUGAAAAUAAACACAGAAGAAAAAUAAGUUUUUAGAUAUGGCUUCCAAAAGAAGAUUGCAGAAAGAAGUAAUGGAUAUUAAAUCUUCAAAUACAAAACAGUUUCAGGACAUUCAAAUGGACGAGAUGAAUAUGUCUUCACUGCAAGGUCUGUUGAUUCCGGCCACUCAUCCAUUCAACUUAGGAGCUUUUCGGAUUGAGAUAACGUUUCCAGCUGAGUAUCCUUUUAAGCCUCCGCAAUUAAUUUUCAAGACGAAAAUCUAUCACCCAAAUGUCGAUGAGAAUGGCAACGUGUGUUUGUCGAUUAUAAGGCCUGACAACUGGAAGCCAGCCACCAGAUUGUCGCAGAUCAUCGACUCACUCGUCGCUCUUAUUGACAACCCUGAUGCAGAGCACCCUGUCAGAGAGGAUAUAGCCAAAGACUACAUCAAAGACCGCAACAAGUUCUUGAAGGAUGCCGAACAAUUCACCAAAAAUCACAGUGAAAAAUUGCCGUCGAAUUAAGAAGUUUGGUUUAGUUUCUAGUUUAUGUAAGUGCUGAAUCAAACAUACCGUUCUUGAUAAUGACCGUUUUUGUCCAUCAAAAGCCUAACUUAUAAAGUAUCCAAGAGAUGUUUCAGUGUUAACAGAAUACUUUAUCAAGAGCUAAAAUACGUAAUCUACAAAGAAUUGAUAAAUAUAUUUGUCCUGAUAAGCUAAGUAGCCUAUUGUGUUUUGUAUUUGAAAAAAUAAUAGCCUACCGCAACUAAGUUUUUUAUUAUUGUUAAAAAAUCAGUUUCUAUAAAUUAUUUUAUAGUGUUUGUUUCAAGUUAUAUUUGUGAAUAGUCUAGAAAAUAACAUUGUGAAGCUAAUCUUCUAUAAAAUAAUUAUAACAGAUUAAAAAGAAAACUUUAUGAGAGUUUUGCUUUGUAGAUUAAGGGAAUAGGCUAAUUCUAUGGUUUCUUGUGCAUGAAUAAGGAAAUCCAUCAUUUUGAUAGAGAAAAGCAACUGAUAUUACCUUUAUAAGAUUUUCUUUUAAAAAUAGCACACCCGCUAACCAAUCUUAUCAAUUGAAAUUAUAGAAAACCCUUUAA